AUGGACGGGGGCCGCGGCUUCUUCUCCGCCGCCGACUCCACGCUCGACGGAGCCUCUCGUGCAGGAGAUGGAUUGCGUAAUCAGCGCCUGCGCGUCGACACCCGGCUGCGCCAGAAAUCGGCCGCUCCUCAGGAUUUCUUCGCGUCGCUGGGCGUCGACACGACGUCGCAGGACCGCACGACCAGUAGCAGUAGCAGCGCUCGCAGUACGAGCGCGACGACAACGCGGCCGGCGUCUGUAGCAGGCAACGGCGCAACGUCGUUGGCGUCUGGAUGGCGACCACCGCCGAUUGGCGGAUUAGGAAGCCAGCGAGCGGCACCACCGUCGCCUUCCCCGUCUGCUCUGGGGUCGCUCAGCGUCUCGACUAGCAACAGAGGGAGCGCGAUGAGAUCAACUACGUUUACGAGCUCGUCGACGAGCACGAUAAGCAUGACAAGUGGGGGGUCGACCGUUACUCGUGUUACUCCAGCAAGGACCACGGCAUUGCCGUCUGCAAGUGCGGUCGGGGUUAAGUCGAGUGCAGGACCGACGCAGCUGUUCUCGAUGGACGAUGCAGAAGAGCUGUUUAGUGACGACGAGUGGCAGUGCGACUUGCCUCCAGUGGUGCUUCUGGACCCAACAGACGAGACGGAAGUAGAACCAACGGCGACUGCAGCGGCAGCAGUUGCAGAUGACCACGUAACGCAGUGUGAUGAUGACGAUGCGCUCGCGUCAUCGGUUGCGACGUCAAUGGAAAGGCACUCAGGUGUAGAUGAAAUGCACGCUGCCGGUCGUUUCGACACGACAUUUGGAUCGUCCGUCGAUCAAGUUGCGCCUGCAUCGACGCCUAAUGGCUCCGGUACGGACAAAGUGUCGCGCGCUCACAAUCCGUCUAGUGAGAUAAAGUCGCCGUAUCAAGGCGCACAGACUGACGUAGCGACUUUGCCGCCGCGUGCUCUGAAGUCUGCAAGUUCGUUUUCCACGGAAGGGCCGCAGAGCACGUUUGACGCCAAGAGGCACAGUGGUACGCAGCAACCAGCACUCGCACAAACACACGCAGUCUAUGCGCAGCCAUUACCACCUGCUCCGCCUGUGUCGACAACUCCUAGUGGAUUGGAAAGCUCGAGCUAUACAGGACCCCCACGGACAAGCGCUUUCGCUGAACCAUCCGCUUCUCAUGAGCCAUGCCAGCAGGAUGAGCAAUGGGACGAUGGUUGGAAAAGCCUGCAAAAGGAAGACGGAUCCAGGCCAGUUGUGGCGACUAGUUCUUCUCCUGUCCGUAUGACGGCUGCCUUGACAGCGACAACGGUUCGGACAGGCACACAUGUGACGCCUCCAGUAGAGCUGACUAGUCCCGGUGGUGCUGCUGGUGAGUUCUGGGGAGAUGGUGAUGAAGACGAGUUGUUCGCUCAAGACGACCAUGUCGACGAGGAAUGGAAUGGGUCGAUUGAAGAUCAUUCGAACGCGCAGGUGAAUUCGGCUUCGCGCUCUUGUGACAACAUGAGCCGUAUGGAUUUGACUGCGCCUACCUCACCCGAUGGUUCGCUUUCGCGUCAACCGCAACCUUCCUCGUCCGGCCCUGCAUCUGAUGCCCGAAGCACUCAAGAGCGAUUAUUGCCAAAGCAUACAGAACAGAAUGACGUUUCCAGCCAGAUGGCGGAAUCUUUGCCGGAUAUUACUCAGUCGCCCGCGAUACCUUACCUGUUCGAGUCGGAUUCAGCGACAUCCGUUGACGCUGAAAGGUCAACAGUAGCUACGCAAUCGGUGGAGCGUAGCCAAGUGGCGGAAUCGACACCCUCGCCACGUCCCGAACGCUCGCAGUUUUCGGGUGCAAUUGCUGGAUCGGCCAGCCAAGGCAACGACGUCAACGUCUUUCCGGAAGCGCCGCGUAGUGCUCGGUUUCUCCAUACCCCAACCGGUACGGGUGGGCCAUUCGGACGUGUGCCCUCGCCUCAAAGCAAUGGCAGCUCGACAUUCUUGAAUGAAUUGUCCGGAAAUGUCGCACGCAUGACUGCUCAUGACUCAACGACCUUUGCUGCUGAGGGGAAGGCUGAUAACUCGGACUCGCAUACCGAGUCUAGUGUACGAUGGGACUCACAUUCUGGCGGGCAUGACCGGCUAUAUUCUGGAGAACAUACCCAUGAAGAUGACGACAGAUCUCGUCGCAACAUCCAUAACAGACAAAGCGACGAAGAAGAACGGGACUCUGUCGUGUCCUUUUCGGGUGAAAAAUCGUACUUUAUGUCGACGGGACGACCUUCUUCGUUGUACGGCGGAUCGCAGUCUUCUUUUGCGAGUCAUCGCAUGUAUCAGUCAUCGAUCGCGAGUACGGAUCGCGAUGGAAGUUCGAUAGCUUCUUUCGGAGUUUCUUCUGCGGGCGCGACGUUCGGCGGUUCGGAACGAGUCAGUGAGGGUGGUGCCUACUCGGAUGGAGCCAUUUCGGAAUCGGCAAGCAUGGUGAAUUCAUCCAAUGCUAGCACAGCUUUCGGCACGGAUUUCCCAUCUGCAAGUGAAGGGCAGUUCUCGGCCCCUGGGACGACGAUCGGUGGCUCGGAUAACGCUAGUGACGGGGGAUUUUCGGAUGGCAACGCAUCCGAAACUACCAGCGUGUGUGAAUCUGUGCGUACAAAUUCGCGAUUCGAGACGGAGUUCAGUGGAUCAAAUGGUGAUUACACGAGCGUCGGGGCAGUCGAACAUCGCGGCAUGCCGGGAUCGUUCGGACCUUCUGCACCAGAAUCUGAGUCCGUCACUACGUUUGGGGGAGUUGUACCAACUGCAGCAGCAUCAAUGUCUGGAGGCAAUGAUGCUUCUGCUGGCACGGACCCGUUCGCAAGCCCACCAAGAGCUUUUUCCUCCUCAGAACGCACGACGAAUGUUCCGCUUACCACUACUUAUGGAGACUCAAGAUUUGGCCACCGACCGGAAGGCGUUGUCCAGAAAGAAAGCAUUCAGAGUGCUGCUUCGCUGUUUGGCACUACUGCUGGAGCUGACGUCCCAAACCCGUUCGGCUCUUUUGGCCCACCAUCUGCUGUAGCUGUAUCGACGCCCAUUGAAGAGCACGAACUCCCGACAUCAGACGCUGUAGACCUUUUUGGUGCAGCCCCUUCUUCCAGUGGCUAUCAAAGCUCGUUUGCUCAGCCGACACAAAAUUUGCACGAUUCAGCUCCCAGUCAGUCGUACGACCAGACUUACGAUAAAGCGGGCAACGGAGCCCAUCCUGAUACCGAGACCCAGACGUCGGCAGCCGACUUUGUGCAGAGUCCGUUCUCGUCGGUGGAUACACAUGAUCGAGGUGUUUCUGUGAGCCCUUUCGACACUCAACGCUUCGUCGAUCAGAACAGAAUUGACCCGUUUGCAUCGCGAAGUGUGCAGCAUAGAUAUAACAGCUCGGCAACAUCUGCCGAAAGCCUGUUUAGUUGUAGUGGCGGAGACUAUGAGCACAGCUCGAGUUUCGAUCGUGGUGUUUCAUUACGCUUCGGUGGAGAUGCGCAGACCCCAGCAAACGCUGCAUACAGCCAACCGGCUAGAAAUGCCACGACUGUCGCUGGCCAAUUCGGGCAGCAAUCGAAUGCACCUAGCACGUCGCACAGUGGAGAUCAGAGCUACGACCAUUUUACCGCAACGUACUCGAAUCAAGCUUCUGUGGGUGCACCGAAGCACGAAAACCAGUUGGCCGUGGACGAAAGUGCUCGUACACUAGCCAACACGAUUGAUGCCCGGCCUAAUGCACCGAGCGAUGGUGUUGCAGUGGCUGAGAGUGCCACUGCUUAUAGCGAAGGCUUUGGACAACCUGGUUAUCAGUCGUCAAUGGACCGCAACACAGACCACUUUGAAGGCAGUGGGGUUGGUGGACAGGUCCACACUAGUCGAUCGACACCGGAAAACGCACAUAGCCAGAAACCCGCAGUGGCAACAUUCGCUAGCGCCAGCCGACCUACAAUAUCGCGUGGUAGUCAACAGGUUGGGCUAAGUCGUACUCCCGGGACUUCAAUCAGUUACAGUCCUCGUCCUGCGGCAGAAACAUUGAGCAGUGCCAGUCCGGCCCGGUCGUCGCAUGCUGGACAUUGGGACAACAGAUAUGCGCAUAAUGACAGUGACGCUGCUCUCGGUCUAGCUGGUGAUUUCGGCGACUAUACGCGACCGACUUCAAGCGCAUCGACUUACGCGUUUUUCGGGCAUUCGUCUGCUGACCCGUCGUCUGUGUCCAAUGCUGGCGAUGACCGUGCGAGAACUCCAUCAUCGGGGUCAACUCAGCAGCAGUCGCUAGUGCACACUCGUAUCCAGGAGUCGUUUGUACGAAGUGGAAGCAAUGCACCUUUGCUUGCAGAACCACAACACUCGCGCUUUCCGAUGCAUUCGGCUGCGUUGCGACCUCCGAUGCAAUUACGUGACGUUGACACGUCCUACGGAUCGGUCGAGGAUGCCAGUUUGUCGCGCCAUGGAUCCAGUGCUUCCCUGAGUCGAUACGAGGGCGAAGCGUCCUUUCAUCCUCAGCAAAAGACGUCGGAUGAAAGCACCCCGGCCUCUGUUGAUGCACGUUCAUAUGCUCGCGGUGCGCCUUCUGUGACUAGCACGGAAGCAGCGUCACUCCGUAUCGACAGCAGGGUAUCUCAAGCCUCAUCCGACCAACAGACUCCGUUUUCUCAAUCGUCCACAUUCAACGAGUAUGGUACGCGUGCGAUGCACGAGUUUGCGCGGCCACAGCAGGAUCUCGUGCAGCUGCGCGGGUGCUCGCAACCGAGUGAACAAGAAUUCGAUCGUGCGUACCCUGCAGCAACUACGGUACCGUUUCCAGCGCUGGCUGUACAAGCGACGGCAAGGGUGGGUGCUGACUUGAUGACCAACAUGGCGUCACCAGUGACGAAGGAAGACGUCAAAUACUCUCAGCCGCUCGAUGCGCGAUCUGACUGGAGUUCUCACUCGUUUGGUGGUGAGGUAUCGUCCACUGUCGCGCCGUCGUCCCUAGCGUCGCAGACAACUCCCCCGAUGCCAAGUCCAUUCGAGCACAACAAAUAUGGCCAGACGUCUGGGAAGCAACAUGAUCAUAUCCGCCACAGUGCAGCUUCCUCUUCACACUCCUCGCAUGGUGAGAUGGGUGGGCAUGCGUUUGGAGAAACUCCAGCAGGCAGCUACUUUAAGUCACGCGUACCAGAAGCUGGUACUGCGACUAGCCAUAGUCAUGUGCAGCAGCAGUACCAAGCACAUCAACAGCAGCUGCCCGACCUGCGUCAUGUCGUCGCAGGAUACGAUACUCAGGGUCGCGUUAUGCAAACUCAACCGCAUGGGACAGGCUAUGAUGCUGCGAGUCAACACGAAUACGGGAACGCCAUAGGAAACGAUGUCUAUCAGCAAGCGACUUCCGCCGCCCCGACUGCUGCCGUGAAAACCAGCAACAAAUACAAGGAUCCGUGCGUCGCACCGCCGUCGUGUCUGGUGGCAUUUGGCUUUGGUGGUAACAUGGUGACCAUGUUCCCUAAGCGGAAAUUGCGCUUGAAUGUUGCGGGAAGCAGCUUUUGUGGCAGCCCUCGCGGUGGACCAAUGGCGUCUGAGCUUGACAACGGAGGUGACAGUAAACGUUGCAUGGGACCGGUGAACUUGUAUCGCAUGAACCAGUUGCAUCCAAAAGAUGUCGAGGUUGAGCAAAUGGACAGAUUUCCGGGUCCGUUGACGGGAGACGUUCCUGUCGAGGACAUAUUGCGGUGUCUUGAUGACCGGCUGAAACGAAAUCGAGCCCCUACGGAUGCUGUCGAGGCUGGUGACGAAGACGACCGAGUUUUGCUUGGCGUGCUGCGUGUCUUGAUAAAAUGCAACGGUAAGUUGCGCUCUGAGCCAGGAAGUCUCAAUCUUGGCGCGCCCGAUAAGCCUGAGGCUCAGCUGAUAGCGCUGCUUAGCGAAAGCAGUGAACGGCGCAACGGGUUCAAACACCCAUCUUUCCCCGCACCCCAAGGGGCUCAUCUCAAGACACACCCGGAUGUUACGCUGAAACACACGAACGCCCUCCGCAAGCUGCUUUUGACUGGCGAUAGGAAGAGCGCAGUCUCCUCUGCAAUGACUGCGCAUUUGUGGCCAGAAGCCAUGCUUAUCGCAUCAUUUAUCGACAAAGAGAUGUACAAGCAAGUCUUGCGCACGUAUCUGGAUGAGCAUUAUGCAGCAGGUGAUCCGUGCCGUGCUCUUUUCUUGGCAUUCGCAGAUCAACAGGAGAAAAGUGUACAGGAGCCAAGGCCUUUGUUACAAACGAAUGUCCAGCAGUCGACGGAAUCUCUAAUCCUCACGAAUUGGGUCUCCCACGCCCAAGUUCUCCUGUCCAACCGUACUGCGGAUACUAACAAGAUUCUGACCGAACUGGGCGACAGGUUAUGGAGCGAAGCCAACGCAGUCGCGGCAGCACACAUUUGCUACUUGCUUGCUAGUAUCCCGCUAGGUGCGCCCACACCAAGCUCCAAAAUGGCGUUACUGGGAGGAGACCACCGGUCGCCAGCGGAAGCACGGUUUUAUGUGUCGCCUGGCACCUUGCAGUGUACCGAAAUUUAUGAGUGGGCCCAAAAGCAAGCGAAGGGUGCGUCGGCCAAUGUCAUGGUUCCAUUCCAGGGCUACAAGAUUAUAUACGCGAUGCUGCUAGCGGAUCACGGAAAGCUCGACACGGCGUUCAAGUACGUAACGUCGAUGCUCACAGUGAUCAAAGGUAUGACGGCAACGAUGAAGCCUGGCACAUCCGUUUACCUGGAAGGAAUGAAGAAUCAGCUGAUUGUUUUGGACGACCGGCUGCGCCAGCACCUUGGUCAAGGUCGUGUGGCUUCAGUGGCAGCAUCGAUUAGCCGUAGUGGGGGGUCGAAGCAAGCGGGCAAGUGGGGUCUAGGCAGUGCUUUGAGUAUGAUGGGCAAGAUCGUGAAUCGCGUGGUGGAGGGUCCUGAAUCAGACAUCGCACCUGCCGCAGUAGCUAGUGCGUCGACAUCUGGAGGUGUGUUCGUGAAUGGAGCUUCUUCACCUGUAGCAAGCUACCCGAGUGUUCCAUCAGUGAAUGAUGUGAGCUCAUCACCUACGUCACUACACCCACAGCCGUCUGCUCAACCGAAUCGUCCGCAAGGUUCGUAUGGCUCUGCGGCACCUGCUGGCAUGUAUGGCCAUGCAACCCCACCCGUUUCUCAAAACAGUGCUCCAGGAUCCUCGAAUGGAUACACAAGAGCUUACGCGGCACCGUGUUCAGCAGAACCCUCUUCGAGGUCAGGAGUAGCACCGUUAUCGGGCAACGGGAAUUUUGCUUCUACGUCUGGUCUACCCAUCGGCAAUGAGCAACAACAGCGGUCAGCGUCGGGAUCGUUAUCGAAGACCGAGAACUACGGCAACUCAGGGCCAUUGUCGAACAAGGGGCAAGGACCUCCGACGCAUGGAAUGGCACCACUGGUGUAUUCACAGCACUCGAGGGAGCCCUCUGGGGACGUCCAUAGCACACGCAGCAGCGAUAAUCUCGACAGGGCAAAUCCUGCUUGUCCUCCGCUUCGGCAGCAACCUCCCUUCGCGCAGAAGUCGCAGCAAGGCUCUCCUGCACACCUAGCGCUCCAGAACCCGUCUGCACUGAACACGUCGGAUGACACGUGCCCAUCCAGCCAACCCAAGACAUUUGCUGCCGAUCUGACUGCUCCAGUUCCGUUUACGGAUGCCGCUACUAUGAAUGGGCCUGCGAGUGAUAAGGGUAAAGCUGACCCCAUGUCUGACGCUACGAAGAAACCCGGGCGCUUCAAAACGCCGCCACACAGUAAUAGUGGCAAGGGCUCUGGAUGGCUGUCAGGUUUGUCAUCAUUCAUUGCCACCAAGAUAAAUCCAGAGGCCAAGGUGGCCAAGCUCGGCGAGCAGAUGGAGGCUUAUUUCGACGAAGAUGCGAAGCGCUGGGUGUUUCCUGGCGAGACUGCUCCUGAGGAAGCUGCAAUGCCUUCUGCGCCACCUACUGCCCCGCGACUAGGGAGUGCACCUGGAUCCAGCGCCGCAGGUUUACCACCGACAGGCACAGCCUCAGCCCCUGGCUCAAUUAGCAGUGGUCCCGCGCCCAAUGACCCGCUCGCUGCACUCAUGGCGCCACCCCCUGCUCGCGUGCUGAUGAAGAAGGACCCGUUGGCUGCCAUGAUGGCACCUCCUGCACGUCCAGGUAUAUACGGCAUGCACCGGAGUGCGUCCAUGACUCAACGCAAACCCGCGCGCCCGCAGUUUGCGGUAUUCAAGCCCACUGCAGCCGCCCCGGACAAGCCCAGCGGAUAA